AUGCGCAAGGGAGUUUUUUCCUUGGAAAUUCUUGUUGACAAUAAAAUCCUACCAGAAUAUGAGGUACCAUCGACGUCGAGUGAGAAUUCUAAGCAAACCAGAUCUAGAGAAAACCAGAAUGCAACAUAUGUAGCGGUUCCACGUUCUCCUUGUCACUUUUGCAUAAGAGUAGGAGUUCACUCUCCUUUAGGUCCAAUGGUUUAUAAAGGAAUACAUUAUGUCGACGGUAAAAACGAUGAUACAUAUAUGGAACUUGAUCCCUUAGAUAAAGACCCUUAUACAUAUAUAUACGGUUUUUAUAACUUUGACAGGACAAUUUUUCACAAGUUCAAAUUUGAUACGAGUUAUUGGUCUGAGGAUGAUAUUUUUGUCUCAAAUAUUCCAACAAGGUGUACAAAAGUGUCUAGUAAUAAACAAGGCUUUGGAGUGGUUUCUGUAAACGUAUUUACUGCUGAAAGAUUAGCAGGGUUGAGAUUCAUGUCACAAUGUCGGAAUAAUCAAGAAAUGAUUUCGGAGUUACCGGAUAACUUUGAUCCCCUGGAUGUAAUUUAUUUGGAUGAACCCCAGAAGGAACCUAUGCCAAACUUAAAAGCUAUCUAUGAUAAACCCGUUGCCGAAUUAUAUAUUCGUUAUCAAACGAAAGAAUGGUUGCGAGAUAAAGGAUUUUUAAUUAAAUCUCCGGUAUUUUCUAGUAUUUCUAAUCCUACGCUGUUUAAAGGUCCGAGGAAAGAUAAUGAGAGUAAACUAAACUUGGAAGAAUCCGAAAACGAUGAAGAGAAAAAACUUAAAGUUUUGGUAGCGAAUGACAUUGAUAAUGAUGAUAAGGAAAUUGAUAGCGAUCACGAUUUUGAAGAUGAUCAUGGGACUGAAGAUGAAGAAUUUGAAAGUAAAAGUCUUAAAGAAAAGAACAAAUUUCUGAAUUCGAAAAGUAUUGAAUAUAUAACUGAAAGUAGGAUACUCGAUAAAAUAAUCAUACCAGAAAGUAAUAUUGUAAAUGAACCUCGAGUGGUUAUUGAUAACAGGUUUAAUGAGAGAUUUAACCAGAGAUUUAAUGAAAAAGUUCAAGAGGUCUCAACUCAUGUUAAGGAAGAGAAGAGUGAAAUGGUUAAAGUUGAGCAAGAUGGAAAGGGAACAAACAUUAAUAAUGUUACACUGGGUAAAGGUGUAAAAAGCGAAGAUCAAGAUGAAGUUGAAAAGGAUAAAAAGAAGCAUAGGAGCAAGAAGAUAAAAUAUUAUAGCGAUACGAGUAUUGACUGGAGUAGUGACAAUAGCAGUGAUUACAACGAUUCUUCCAGUGAAGAUGAAUUUGUUUCAUUGUCAAAGAAGAGACUAAGGACGUAA